AUGAUUUGGAAUUCUCUAUCCUUGGUAUCGACCGUAAUUCGGCAAAGAGUGGGCGGAACCGCCAAAAUUUUAUGGCAUCAACACAUGUUCACACCGGUAGCACAACACAUGCAACAACCGUGGAUGCCACAACUGGCAGGCAUGGAAACACCGCUGCAACAAGAACAACAACAAGAGGAGGAAGAUCAAAGUUGGAUUUGGUUUGCAGUGCCCAAGCGAAAACACACUCGAUCUAGAAAGCGAAUGAAGACAACCGCACACAAGCGACUGAAGCUCAAGAAGAAUAUUGUCUUUGAUCCUCGCACGGGAGAAGUGACACUCAAGCACAAACUGCCUUUCAACUGGAAGGAGUAUCUGCCGGCCAUGCCAAAUAAAAGCGCAGAAGAAUAG